CAAACUGAUUGGAUGAUUUAUAUUUUUAAGAUGCUGUUAAUAUUCCAACUGAAAGAUUUAUGGCAUACAUGAAAAAGGGGAGAACCACAGUUCGUCAUGCACGAGGGAUCGUGGUUGGUUGUGCUGGAGCAGGGAAGACGACUCUUCUCUACAGACUGAUGGGGAAAAGUCUUGAAGAAAUUAAGGAAAUAAAAUCGACUAGAGGUCUCCAUGUCUACCAACACAUAUUUUCUGUGAGAAAAGGAGAUUUAACAGCUACGGAAGAUGAGUCCUUAAAGAAACCAUUGAUCAGAAUUCCAGCAUCUGAGCUUCAACAGGAGGGACAAAACCCCAAUGAUGACUCAGCGAAUAUUGAAUUGGAGAUAGACACUGGAAACAACGCAAGACUGGAAAACAUUAAGGCUGAUAUGAGUGCUGGAAAAGAAUUUAAUGCAAGGCAGAAUACUAUACUGGCUCCAAAGAAAAAUGAAACAGAUGAAUCACGAGAUGAAAGAAUUGAUCAACAGCUUACAGAGAGUGAAAGAAGAAAAAUAUAUGCCAGGGGAAAUGACAAAAAUGAUGAACAACUGGCACGGGAUGUAAUGGGAAAAAUAUUGGAUGCCAGGGAAAAUGAAAUAAGUGUCAGCAUGAUUGAUUUUGCAGGACAAUUUGCUUAUUAUGCUUGCCAUCAGAUCUACAUGAGAUCGGAAGCAUUCUACAUACUGGUGACGGAUAUGAGUAAAGCUUUCCAAGACUUCGUGUGUAGUGAAACAGAUGAAUGCGAGGGAUCUAUCUUCUCUACGUGGACUUACAAAGAGUACUUAUACUUCUGGCUUGAAUCCAUAAAAACGUUUGGUGGAACCAGUCCCAAGAUACUUGCUGUGGCUACACAUGCAGAGAGCAAAGUAAAAAAGGAACGGAAUUGUUUCUGGAAGAGUCUUUGGACAUCAGGACCACAUGAAGAUAAAAAGUGGCUCCGUGAUUGCACUGGAUAUAAGGAAUUUGCAUUAGAACUUAUUGAGAUGGGUGAAGAAGACAGCCAUGAUCUAAAAACGGAAAAGCAAAUCUUGUCAGUUAGCGAUAUCAACAAAGUGAAUGAGGAACUUCCAAAUGGAUACCAAUUGAAAAGUCAAGAAGAAAUUCUCGAUUUUCUAUCAUUUUUCCAUGAGCAUGGAAUGCUACUCUUUUUUAAUGAUCAGGAACUGAGAACGCAUGUUAUUCUUGACAUACAGUGGUUUUCGAAUGCAUUCAGUAAACUAAUUGCGGACGAGGACCACAUCAGCAGAGACUGCCAACGAAUAUACAUUGAAGAAUGGAAUAGUUUCAAUGCCACAGGAAAUCUGAAGAAUUCACUGAUAGAUGCCUUGUGGGAAGAUGAAUUAUAUGUACAACAUAAGACAGAACUUAUGUCAUAUAUGGAGAGACUACGAAUGUUAGUCAGCAUCCAGAAAACCGAAGACGAAAUCUCUUGGUAUGUCCCCUACAGGGAAUGGGAGUACUCAUCUGUUUUGUGUUUUCGAUUUAAAUCCUUUGCCUUGUUCAUAUAUUACAGACUUAUUGCGUAUUGCAUGAGUUUCCUAAGGUGGAAAGUGCAGAUGGAUAAUGACAAUAGUCCAUGUCUGUAUCUCACAGCAGCAAUUUUUGAAACCAGAAAUCACACCGUUCUUGUUGGUAUUUUUGAGAACGACAUUCAGGUUCAAGUGUUGAGAAUCAAAAACCUGCAACCCAAAGAUUCCUGCCUCAUUGGGAAAACUGUUGAAAAUGCCUUAACAGAAUUGACAAACUCAUUUGAAAAACAAUCCUUCCAAAAGGGUUAUAAAUGUCUCAACAUUUUCUGUAGUAAAUUGGAUACAACAUUCAUUCCAGAAAACGAACUCUCCGGGAUUCAGUACAAUUGCCCAGUUGGAAAGGAAAAACAUGAAAUAAACGUACGGUGGACUUUAGCAUUCUGGAGAGAGAAGGGUGAGAAUGUUUGUUUUGCUACAGCAGUGUCCUCUACAGGAGUUUUUGGCGACCGUACUAGAUUUGCUAAAUUGGGGAUGGCGAUAAUCGAUGUAUUAACACAGACACUUCGAGACAUUUUAGAAAAAGAGAUCCCCUCUACACAUAUUUAUGGAAAAGUGAACUCAACAAAACUACAAAAAGGCGUUAAAGGUCCAAAUCCUGAACAAGAGAAACUUUUGAAUGACGCAAAAAAGUAUGGGUAUCAGAAGUUUGACAUUACUCUUUUGUAUAUGCUUAUAAGAAACUACUGCUCGAAAAUCGAUAAGCCCACAAAUGAUUGGGGUUUAAAAACCUUACCAGCAGCAGGGGAGAUAACUGUUGGUGAUGAUGUGGAGAGGAUCCGACUGAUUCGAAACGAAGUGUACGGUCACGUGAGUUCAGCCUCUGCCUCACAAGACGAAUUUGAUGAAAACUGGUCAAUCAUCUCCGAUAUCUGCAGACGACUUAAAAAAUGUACAGGAAAAAGUUACUUGAAAGAACUUGAUGACAUUAAGGAAUUUUCCUUGGGAGAAGAUAAACAAGAGGCAAUUAUAAAACAAAUUCAAGUCGUGUGUGAGCAUGAUAAAGAAAUCCUCGAGAAAAUGGAGACCAUGAAAACUGGAAUACUUUCUCUACAGACAGAUACGACGUUAAUGAAAGCAGAAUUGCAAGAAAUAAAAUCAGCUAUGACCUGUGGGAAAAAAGAUCUGUCUGUGUAUAGGACAGAGACCUCGGAGAUCCUUACCUGUCCUGGUACAGAUACAUGCAGGGCACAGACCUGUCCGGGUACAGGACCAAUCCGGGAUUUGAGACCCGUACCUGUCCUGGUACUGAUACAUGCAGGACACAGACCUGUCCGUUUGCGAGACCCAUACCAUUAUUGUUUAAAGAAAGUUGUAUGCUUUUAUGUUAAGGAUAGGAAAUCCUAUGAUUAUAUCUGUAUAUAUUGA